AUGGCAUACUGGGCACCGCGUGCUGUUGAACAGGAUGUUGUGGGAGGUGGCCUCGCUGGAGUCUCAGCGGCCAACAGCGUUCUGGAGUGCGGUGGCAAGGUGGUCCUGGUGGACAAGUCCGCCUUCUGCGGCGGCAACUCCACCAAGGCCACCAGCGGGAUCAAUGGAGCCGAGACCUUGACCCAGAAGGCCAAGAAGGUGGAGGACAGCGUGGAGCUCUUCACUUCCGACACGCUCAAGGGCGGCGCCAAGAAGCCUGAGCUGGUCAAGGUGCUGUGCGGUAACAGUGGGCCCGACGUCGAUUGGCUGGUGGACAAGUUCGAUCUGGACAUGUCGCUGCUGGCCCGCCUCGGCGGACACUCCGCGCCGCGAACGCACCGCGGGAAGGAGCGCUUCCCAGGCAUGACAAUUACCUAUGCCUUGAUCCAGAUGGUCGAGAAGAUUGCCGAGCGAAGUGACCUUGCCAGGAUCAUCAACAAGGCAAAGGUGAAGCAGCUCAUGGUGAACAAUGGCGCAGUCUGCGGCGUUGUCUACGAGAAAAAAGGCAAGGACUUCAAAGAGGAGGGCCCUGUGAUCCUUGCCACUGGUGGCUUCGGGGCGGACUUCACGGAGGACUCGUUGCUGGCCAAGUACCGCCCGGACCUCUUGCACCUGCCCACCACGAACGGUGACCAUACCACAGGUGACGGCAUCAAGAUGGGCGAGGCGAUCGGCGCCCGCUCCAUCGACCUGGAAUGGGUCCAGGUGCACCCUACCGGCCUGGUGGAGCCCGAGGAUCCCGAGGCCAAGAUCAAGUUCCUUGCUGCAGAGGCCCUGCGUGGAGUUGGCGGCCUGGUCAUCAACGCGGCUGGAGAGCGGUUCUGCAACGAGCUGGGCCGCCGCGACUACGUGACGGGCUACUGGGCCCCGAAUACGGCGGCGGGUGAAUGCGAGAUGUGGAAGUCCAAGGCCCCAUUCCGCCUGAUCUUGAACAAGGCAGCCUCCGAUGAGAUUAUCUGGCACUGCAAGCACUACACCGGCCGUGGGGUCAUGAAGUUCUACAAGUCGGGCGAGGAGCUGUGCAAGGACAUGGGCAUCUCGCUCUCCACCCUUGAGGCUACCCACCAGCAGCACUUCGAGGCGGCUAAGAAGCAGGAGAAGGAUCCCAACAACGGACCGUAUCCGGCCUACCCCAGUGGCAAGACUUGGGACGAACCCAGCGGCAAGACAGGGGUGGGCAAGAAGUUCUUCCACAACUUGAUCGAAGGCUCACAGGUGAAGACCGAGCCUUUCUACGUGGCCAUCAUCACCCCGGUGAUCCACUAUUGCAUGGGCGGGCUCGAGAUCGAUGUGAACUCGAACUGCGUGGACAAGUCCGGCAAGGCCAUCCCUGGCCUUUACGCAGCCGGCGAGGUGGCCGGCGGCGUGCACGGCAACAACCGCCUCGGCGGCAACUCCCUGCUGGACUGUGUGGUCUUCGGCCGCGUGGCCGGCAAGGCCUGUGCCAAGUACAUGCUCGGCGACAAGACCAAGAGCAUGGACUUGAAGGAGCUCUCGGGUGGCGGCCUGGCCGCCGAUGCGCCAGCCUCCAAGCUGUGA